CUUCUCAAUGAAUGAUCGCCGGCCUCCAUCCCGAUUCCCCUCGUGACAUUAGGGUUUUUGGGGUUUUGGUCCUGUUCCCCAUCUUUCCCCUCCCUGAAGCUGCACAACUCUGGGUUGGGUUGUGAAGCGAGCGAGGGGUAAAAAUUGGUCCGGAUGUUCAGUCCAGAAGGGGAACCGUAAUGCCCAGACGCGUUUCUCUGGACUAAAUGGAAUCCCCGGAGGCAGUACCAACAGGCAAAAGUUGCAAUCAGCAUAGUCGUGAACUAUUAGUGUGUCAGACGACAGAGGAGCUCAAGACAUGGAAGCUGAACGAACAACAGCAACAAAUAGUCGAUGCCACUGGGCUCGGCAAUCUGAUACACACGGCAGAUCUGAUCAUCGACUGCGCUGUGCAGCCUGUGCUCAGGGCAUUCUGCGAGCUGUGGAGCAAAGAAACAAACACAGCAAGGUUCCAUGACUUUGAAAUGGCGCCAUCACUCAGGGACACAGCCUACAUACUGGGGAUUCCAGUGGUAGGCCAUGCAGUGACCACCGGUGCUGUGCUCAACAUUUCAUCAGAACAGCUUUUCUUGCAAUACUUGGGUCAAGCUCCUGAUUGCAGCCACUACAAGGGUAGUCGUGUGAAGCUCUCUUGGUUACACUCCAAGUUUAGCCAGCUCUCAGAGCAUCCCACUGAUGAAGAAAUUGUGUACGGCACAAGAGCAUAUCUACUGUACUUGAUUGGAGCAACUCUGUUUCCGGAGAAAGAAAGGGGCUAUGUCUCCCCAAAGUACCUACCGCUCUUGUCGGACUUCGAUAAGGUACGAGAGUAUGCUUGGGGCGCUGCUGCUCUUGCUCAUCUUUAUAGGGCUCUCUCUACAGUGAUGUCUACUGCCAUAAAAAGACUAACCGGCAGCGCGGCUCUGCUCAUGGGAUGGAUAUAUGAAUAUAUUCCAGAAAUGCGCCCUGAUACGGAUGAUGCUCCAGCACACGUCUUCCCACGAGUGUGCAGGUGGAGAAAGCGUGCAAUCUCCCAACCGGCAAACGAAGUUUUAGAUAUCAGAAAAGCUUUCAGUCAUCUUCGAGUAUCGGAUGUCAACUGGGAACCUUAUAAGCACAUGGAUCCUGCAUCCAUUCCCAACAUCUGUGUUGCACCUGAUAUCGUCUGCUGCUCCAGAACGUGGCUGAUCAGUUUUAACGUGAGGGAAGUACAUGUCCCAGAUCGAUUUGCUCAUCAGUUUGGUCAAGAACAGCAUCAGCUCAAUGAUGUUCUUGGGCACCAACGACGUCAGUGGAAAGCAUCAGUGGAUUGGAGCCUCGAAUAUGCAUCGGAGAUCAAACUUUUCGAGCAAUUGGUCAGUGCUACUCGCCAUGAUCAUACAACAGUUCCUGCCACCUGUAAUACUACCAAACGUGUUUUCACCUCAGCUAACACGGCACAGGAAUUUCAUGAUCUCAAUCUGCGGACAGUGGUGGAGAGCAUAAAGGAGGAGUUCGGAACCAUAAUGCGAUUUCUGGAGCCACAGUCAUUUCGCAGCGAGGUAGCAACAUCGUUUGCUCGGAUCCGUGAACUACUCGAGGCUGCUCACUUGAAGGAACGCAAUGUCGAUUCUCGAGGUGGUGGGACCUCAGAGCCUGUGUUGACUACACCACACCCUCCUGUCAUACCAGCCUGCGAACAAGCAGCCACUGGCACAACAGAUGACCAAACGACGGUGGCCCAGGCUGUGGAGCCUGUGCCUGAUGAAGGGAUGCAGAACGACAGUGAUCAACCUGCGCCACAAUGCCGUGACACGCCGAGGGAGCAGGAUGUGGCGGACGUGUCUGGCACGCUUGGGGAAGAGGGGGCAGUUGAAUGGAGAGAGAGCAGCGAGGAGGAGGACAAUGCUCGGAUCCGUGACCUACGCGAGGCUUCUUCUUUGAGAAUGGACCCUGGGAGGCGCAUCAAUAUUUAUAGAAGAGCCAAGAAAGGCAACGUUGCAACGUCACGGCAACAAGGGGUGCACGCUUCCCAAACAAAAGCCUACUCUCCCGGCAUCCACCACUCAGGCGUUGGCUCCCGGAAGCCGAACGCCUCUCCUCUCAGUCACGCCCGUCUCCCAUUCUCGGCUUCUCACUUGACUGAAGGCAAUGUCGCCAUCGAUUCUCGAGGUGAGGUGAGCUCACGACCUGAGUUGACUGCACCACACCCUCCUGUCAUACCGGUGGGCAAACAAGGGGCCGCUGGCACAAUGGGUAGCCCAGCGACGGCCCAAGCUCGGGAGCCUGUGCCUGAUGAAGGGAUGCAGAACGGCAGCGAUCAACCUGCGUCGGAAUGCUGUGACACGCCGAGGGAGCAGGCGGUGGGGGACAUCUCUGGCACGCCUGGGGAAGAGGAGGCAGUCGAAUGGAGGCUGAGCAAGUGCAGAGAGGGGGAGGAUGGUCGGAACCUUGAGCUACUCAAGGCCUCUCACUUGAAGGAAGGCAAUGUGGCCGUUGAUGCUCAAGGUGGGGGGACCUCACGACGUGAGUUGACUGCACCACACCCUCCUGUCAUACCAGUGUGCGAACAAGCAGCCACCGACACAACAGGUAGCCCAGCGAGGGAGCAUAUGUCUGAUGAACCGAUGCAGACCGGCAGCGAUCAUCCUACGCCGGCAAGUUGUGACACGCCGAGGGAGGAGGAGGUGGGGGAUGCUUCUGGCACGCCUGGGGAAGAGGAGGCACCGGAAGAGAACGAGAGCAGCGAGGAGGAUGUGGACGAGAGAGGGGACAAGGGGCGGAAGCGAACGCGACAGUAUGCGGAGAGACGAGGCGGCGGGCUCCGAAGGAGCAACCGACGCUGCGUGCAGGUCAAGAGGUUCAAGCACAAAGGUGGUAAAGGGUCCGUGGCCUCUGACCCCAUCGUGCUGUGA